AAUCUGGCCAACCCUGAAGGCCAGCAGCCCCAUCCCCUUUGCUCCCAUCCCCAAUUAUAAGCCCAUUUCAUGAGGGGAACUGGGAGGCCUGAAAGAUGAAGCAUGGCCGGGGCAAGACUUUAUUUGGAGGUGUGCAUAGUUGCAGAGCAGCUGCCGUCUUGAAUCCUACGGAAACUCCAUGUGCCCCAAUGGCCAUGAUGUACAAGCCUUGCCAGGAUGUUUCCCAGGUGGUGCUGAGCCCAGCUGCAGCCAACCCACCAAGAAACCCAUCCUGUUGAGGACAAUUUGGUCUUGGGCAGCAGGGCCCGUGACAUCCCCUAUGGCGGGCAAAAGUUAAAAGUGUUCUGUCAGAACGACAAAACCUCUGGAACGACUGAGGCACCUUCAAAUGUGUAGUGUCAUUUGUUGGCCGAGAUCAGUCGUUUUCAAAAGUAGGCACACCUUGAACGAGGAGGCCUUCACCCCGAUAUGGCUUCCCUGUAUCACAUAUGAUGGUAGUCCCACUGCAACUGGUACAGAUGUGAAGCCUUUUCUAUCUGCGGUAAAUUUGUCUGUGAAAGAAAUAGUUCUGCAUCUUGCUAGAGAGAUUGAGAAUCUUAAGUUCCUCUUAUCCUUUUUCCUUUUUUUGAUUAUAGAUCACUUUUUCCAGAUUCAUUUCUCUUUUUUUAACAUUUCAGUUUAGUAUUGGUUAUAAAUGAGGGGCAAUAUCUCCUUUUCAAGGGGAAUUAAGCAUAAUAAGUUUGUGUUGUGGUUUAUCUGGGUCUGGGGUAACUUUUGUUUCUGCUUGUCAUACUUUUGUAUUGUAAAAAUUUGGCCAUAUCUGCGCUACACAUGUAAAGGUCUAGGAUACCAUUUUUGAAUUAUGGGAAUGGGGCUCUCUCAGAGUGAACCCCCCCACCUUCCAGCUCUCAUUCCCCACCCCAGGGUGUGGGGGGCAUCAUUCGAAGCCACCGUAGCCUCAUACUCCUUCCCAUAUUGGAGGCAGCCUAGCUUACCUCAGAGGGUUAUUGCGAGGAUAAUUUGGACAGGGAAAGCACACCAUGUACAGUAUACCACCUUGAGUUCCUUGCAGGAAAUGUGGGGUUUUCAAGUGAAAGUAGAUCACCAAGGAAGACCCCCAGAAAGUACAAACGUGUUUCUGAAAGCUCCCUAGAGGUGGUGAGUUAGCCAGGUGGAGAGAGGUGUAGCCCACACCCUAAAAUGAAAAGGCAAGAACUUUCCAACCACUGGAACACAAUGACUAAAGGAGGAAGAUGUGGCCAGACAACACCUUGGGCAGGGAGGUGAGUUUUCAUGAGGUGGUAGAAACUGGAUCACAAUCAGGGCCCACUUUAUUCCCUUUGAAUCCCAUAGGGAUGCGAGGCUGGGGGUAGGAAACUGUCAGGAAAGCCCAGAUCCAGCUGUUCUAGCCCUCCUUGUGAGGGGUAAAUUAAAGGGCAGGGCAGGUGCUUGGAAGCUGGAUGAAGAUACCAAGUGUUGACAUGGGCCUGAGAUGGAGAGAGAGAGAGAGAGAGAGAGAGAGAGCCCACAGUCCAUUGGGCGAGGCCCUGGCCAAGAUCUGACUUCACAAUGGGCGGCAGAAUGUUUUGUUUCCCAGGAAACCAGAUCAGUUGACAUGGCAGAUGUCUGUCUGCUUCAGAGAACUGUCUUUUUUGGAUCAGUUGGCAUCAGAAACAUCUGUCUCCUUCAGACAACUAUCUUUGGCUCAGUUGAAAGCCCAGAGAAUGGUCUUCUGCCUCCCCUGCUGCCACAGAAGGUCAGAUCAGCUGACACCAGAGAUGUCUUUCUGCUUUAGAGAACUGUCUUUUUUGAAUCAGUUGGCAUCGGAAACAUCUGUCUACUUCGGACAACUAUCUUUGGCUCAGUUGAAAGCCCAGAGAAUGGUCUUCUGCCUCCCCUGCUGCCACAGAAGAUGGAGGCCCCCCAGAAACACAGGUCCGGAACAGAUACGCCAUCCUUGUUGAGGUCCUACAGGUGGCAGACAGUUCUACAGAACGGCGAGAAGGAACCAGAGUUGAACCAUGCAACAUGGGGCAGCAGCAGCCGGAGGGACAGGUUACAGAAAUGGAGGCGAGUACAAAGCCAGCCAGAGACCGAGCUUUCUGAAUCUAGCCAUGAGCACCCACAAGCGCCAGUGGCCCCCCAAGACAGCAGAGCUGCUGCUAAGAGAUCUGUCUUCCAGAGGGCUUUCUCCACUCCAGCCAAAGUGCCCAAGGCCCAGGAGAGAAGCAGUAAGAUGAGUUUAAGGAAGUACUUGCGCUCUGUGUCCCACCGAAGGAACCAGGAGGGGACCCUCCGAUCGGAAAGGGAGACUAAGGAAGCGAGCAAAGGUGAUGAUUCUACUGUCCAGUUGACCCAACUGACUUCGGCUGUGCCAACGGAUGCAACCAUCUGGGAUGUGGCCAAUGUGUCCCUGGUGGAUCGACAGCUAAUGGUCUUGGGCAGAGAUGAGGAGGAUCUGCUCCAGAAUGGGAAACGAGCCAGUUCUGCUUCAGAGUCAAGUUUACUAUACCCGCCAGGUACCCAGAGGGACAAUGAAAUGCUCAUCGAGGGAAGAAGCUUCUUAGACUCACAGACUCCCGAAAAAAAACCCUGCCAAGAGACUUCCUCCGGCUCGCAGCUCAGCAAUGUGAAGGGGCUGCUAUGGAAACGCAUCAAGGACCGGAAAGGACGGCUCCAGGCCAAGGCUGACUCCUCUACUGGACUUGUUGCUAAUGGUAACAGGGAGGCCCUUCCUGGCCCGGCUGUUCUCAUGGACUUGGGCAACGAAAAGGAUGCCUUGAUCCGCCCACUUCACAACAGCCUUCUGGGAGAGCGGUACUGCUUUGAGGUGCUGAGCACUGCGGGGCGCCGCUGCUUCAGCUGUGGCUCUGCUGCCGAAAGGACCCGCUGGAUGGAUGACUUGCGCCGGCUUGUCCAGCCCAGUAUGGACAACUGCGAGCGGAUCGAACGCAUGCUGAGCCUCUGGGUGUACGAAGCCCGUGACCUUGUUCCGAGGAAGCGCUACCUGGGCGAGGUGCGACUGGAUGGGGUCCUCUACGCUCGCACCACAACCAAGGCAGCCAGCCCCACUGGAACCAUCUUCUGGGGGGAGCACUUUGACCUGAAGACUCUUCCGCCAGCAGUGGAGCUGCAGGUCUGCCUGGUGCAGGAGGAGGACGGGCAGCAGCGGGCAAAGGGCAGCCCGGUUGCUGGCAUGGCUGUUCCCCUGAAGGAGCUGGCUGCUGUCCGCCAGCCCUUGGAAAGGUGGUACCCCUUGGGCAGAGACAGGCCCAACACGCCCGCCCUACGGCUACGUGGACGCUACUGCAACAUCCGAGUGCUGCCCAUCGUGCAAUACAAAGAGUUUGCUGAGUAUCUCACCUUCCACUAUCGGGAGCUGUGUGCCGGACUGGAGCACAGCCUUAACGCCCGGGACAAGGAGGAGCUGACCGGGGUGCUGGUUCGCGUCCUGCAAAGCACAGGGAAAGCCAAGGACUUUCUCAUUGACUUGGGUGUGUCAGAGCUGGACCGUUUCGACGAGCGCGAAGCACUGAUUUUCCGUGAAAAUACCCUCGCCACCAAAGCCAUCGAUGAAUACAUGAAGCUGGUGGGAGGCCCCUACCUGCUGUCCACACUGAGUGAUAUCGUCGCCCAGCCAUACACUUUAGAGGACAGCUGUGAAGUGGAUCCCAGCAAAUGUGCGCCAUGUGACCUGGCUGACAACCGCAGCAACCUGCAGCACAUCUGCGAAGAGAUCUUCCGGAGGAUUGCUGUAUCUAGCCACUCCUUCCCAGCUGAGCUCAGCGAGGUCUUCACCGCCUGGCAAGAGGCAUGCCAGCUAAGGGGCAAAGCCAGCAUCGGGCAGCGCCUCAUCUCUGCCUCCUUAUUCUUGCGCUUCCUUUGCCCGGCCAUCAUGUCGCCCAGCCUCUUCGGCCUCACUCAAGAGUAUCCGGAUGACACCACCUCCCGCACCCUCACUCUGGCAGCUAAGGUUAUCCAGAACCUGGCAAACUUUACCACGUUUGGAGAAAAGGAGGCGUACAUGAGCUUCAUGAAUGAGUUUCUGGAGCGCAACUGGGGCACCAUGAAGUCAUUCCUCUGCAGCGUCUCCAGCCCUGGCAGUGCCAUUCACUUGCCUGCUUAUGACGACUCCAUUGACCUGGCCCUGGAAUUGUCCAUCCUGCAUUCCCUGCUCUGCAACAUCUUUUCUACCCUGGAAGAGCGGACAAAGGACAGAUUGGAGCCUCUGCCCACAAUCCUCCGUGCUAUACAAGAGGGGACACCGGUUCCUGUCAUCGUUCGACUUGGGCCCAGUGCAGAGGACAGACAGGCGGAAAACCAGAAGCCGGGUUUUGUGCCCCCACGGGAGCUGGGCAAGCACAGUCCUCUGAUCAAGAGCCAGUCCAUGACCAGCAUUCAGAAAGGCCGAGGCAAGGAAGAGCCGCUGGCCCCUUUGCACCCGGUCAGAACCAGGACCAAAGUGCAGCGCACCCAGAGCGUCCCGACUCAGAACAAGGCAGCCCGACGUCUCCAGAAGCAGAGGAGCACCGAGCACGUGGCCGAGAGCAGGGAGAGCAGCCCUCGACUUUGUACCUCCUACCCGCAUGGCGGCAUCAAAGCAUCCCAGGGGUAUCCGAAGCUCCACCCAUCUGCAUCGCUGCCCCGGAAGCCCACUGUGCCUUGGCUGAGGCACUCUGAAGAAGCAUCUGCCCAACAAAGCAACCUCUAUGCCAUGCAGCCACUGGAACAGUAUGGGAAGCAGAUGGAAGAGCUACAGAUGGAGCUGACCAGAGCGAGGGAGAAGCAGCAACUCUUCGAAGAGCAGCUGGAAAGACUGACGACCCAGAACCAAAUGCUGCUAGAGGAGCAGGCCAAGUUCCAGGAGCGGGAAGAGGCUCUCUGCAAGAGGCUGGAGGAGACCGAGAGCUGCCUUGUGCAGCUAAGCACCAGGGUGACUAGUGUAGAGACCAGCUGGAAGAAGGAUCACGAGAAGCUUCGAGCUAGUGAGGAGAAGACCAAGAAUCUGGAGCGCCGCCUGUCUGGGAUGGAGAGGGACCACGACCAGCUCCUCCGGGCCGUCGGUCAGAUGCUGGGAUAUGCAGGAAAACCGUCCAAUGCACAGCAGAAGCCCCUCUCAGGGCCAGUGUGGGUGGACAGGGCUGAGAAUGGGGACGAGACCUAGCCCGCUUCCCUUCGCGUCCGAAAAUGCAAAGCUGGCGCAUCUCCAUAGUGGAAACUCUCCUCUCCCAGGACAGCCCUGGAAGUCUCUCCAAGGUGGACCUUCCUGCACAUCGCUCUGGUGGAUCCUUCAGCUGGAGCCCACAGGGAGCUUUGCUACAACCUCCCGUGCCUUCCUCUUGGCUUAGUUUCCGGCGCUAUGCAGCCAUCGCCACCCUUUCAUCCCCGCCUGAGACGGCAUCCAUUCCACAAGCCCCGGCUCUGCUUUCUGGCUGCAGCUUUCAUCUGCAACAGCUGCUUUCCCUUCUCUUCUGAGAUGAACCUCCUCCCAUCCGAUUUGCCCCCCAGUAUUUUCAUAUCAGAAGGGAUGCGGGUGGCGCUGUGGGUUAAACCACAGAGCCUAGAAUUUGCCGAUCAGGAGGUCGGCGGUUCGAAUCCCCGCAACGGGGUGA